CGGCCUGAGUGUUGGUGAUCAGCAGUAGUCAGUGACUAUCAGUGGCUAUCGGUGGUUGUUUCUGUGUGUUACAGCUGGUUGAUGGCACAGCGAUUUAUGGAGUACAUAUCGGGAAAUGAUUUGAUGGCGAUUAUUACUCGCGUUAAUCUGACAGCACGUUGUCAAUAAUGAAAAGAAGAAUAUCAGUUCAUGUCCGUACGCUCGCGCGCUUACACCGUCUGCACGUCACCGCACACGCCUACCGAAUGCCGAUAAGAGACGACGGUAGAUAGAUUGUAGAACCUCUGUGUCGAAUCACCGCAUUGUCACAUGUUACACGCGCGAAGAAAAUGAGCAUUUUGCGAAAGAGAUUGAGCGAAUUCGACGAUGUUCUCAAUGCGGAUGAGAUAGAUACAGUCAGUCUUGGCAAAAUAUGUUUCCAUGGUAUACCUGAUGAACCUGGUGGACUGAGGCCUCUGUGUUGGAAGUUAUUGCUUAACUAUUUGCCAUCUACAAGAUCUAGUUGGAUAGAGACUUUGAAGCGCAAGAGGGAGUUGUAUAAUACAUUUAUUGAAGAUCUCAUUGUUAUGCCUGGAGAAUCUAAUACGGAUGACAAAGAAAGAGUCGAUGUAACAUUACACGAUCAUCCUCUUAAUUUAAAUCCGGACAGUAAAUGGCAAACGUACUUUAAAGAUAAUGAAGUUUUGCUCCAGAUUGAUAAAGAUGUUAGGCGACUAUGUCCAGACAUAUCAUUUUUUCAACAAGGCACUGAUUAUCCAUGUCAAAAGAUAGUGAAUGCCAAUGGUCAGCAGCGUUUGCAUAACAGAGUUCAACACACCGUGCUGAAAAGUGCAAAUGUUGAACGAAAGGGAUUAGGAGUGACCAAGAUAGCAGUCUCUGUGAGAAAGGCGGCAGAAGACUACGCGCCAUUGGCUGAAGGCGGUGAAGCACAUUGGGAAGUGUUAGAGCGAAUACUUUUUUUAUACGCUAAAUUAAAUCCUGGCCAAGGUUACGUACAGGGUAUGAAUGAGAUAGUUGGGCCUAUAUAUCACGCAUUUGCUUGCGAUCCUGAUCCCACAUGGAGAAAAUACGCUGAAGCAGACACGUUUUUUUGUUUUACAAACUUAAUGGGUGAAAUACGUGAUUUCUUUAUAAAGACACUGGAUGAAGCUGAAUUUGGAAUUAAUUCAAUGAUGAGUAAAUUGACCAAUCAAGUUAGAGUCAAUGAUCCCGAAAUUUGGUUGCGUCUGCACCAGCAAGAACUGUGUCCACAGUACUACAGCUUUAGGUGGUUGACGCUUCUUCUUUCGCAAGAGUUUCCUUUACCGGAUGUUAUGAGAAUAUGGGACUCGUUGUUUGCUGAUGAGAACAGAUUUAGUUUUCUUAUACAUAUCUGCUGUGCCAUGAUCCUAUUAUUGCGGGACCAAUUAUUGGCCGGCGAUUUUGCUACCAAUGUUAAACUCUUACAGAAUUUUCCAUCAAUGGACAUACAAAUUGUGCUCUCUAAAGCCGCUGCUCUAGCAGGCAAGACUUUAUAACAUGACCGUUAAUUAACGCAUGGACAAAAUGCAAUAAUCUCUCAGCAUGUUGAGAAUAUCAUGGUUUUUCUUCUCUCUUCUUCCGUCACAACUACGGGCGUGUAUAUCGUAAACUAUAAUUUUAUACACAUCACAAAUGCAUUAUUUCCAAGGAGAGAAA